AAUACAGUGCGUUGAUUGGCUGAGAAGGUCUUUGCGGCUGUCACGCGUGUCACAAAAAUACUCCGCGCUUGUGAUGACGGUUGAAUCAGACUCGAUCACUUCGCCGCAGUUACGGGUCUGUCUUAGCAGUCGGUCAGUAAUGGAAAAGUUCGCUGAGUUUGUCUCGUCCAUCGGCCAAAGCGCGCGCUCGCCAUCCUACAUGCAACCGAAUGCCCCGAUUCCUCGGGCAACGGCAGCGCCAAACUCUCCUCCAGCUAACUACGUGAGUUGUGAUAUGGCCCGGCAACACGGUACACUCUCCAUGAGCACUCAGUCCCAAGCUGGGAAAUUUUCGCCUCCCGUCGGAGGUUCUACCCAACUUUCUCCCAGUCCUCAGUCUUGUAUGGAGAUGGAAAACGAAAAUAACGAGUCUUCUUCCAAACGUAAAAAGCGUCGAAAUAGAACCACGUUUACUUCAUUUCAACUCGAAGAGAUGGAGCGGAUUUUUCAGAAAACGCACUACCCCGAUGUUUACACGCGCGAACAACUGGCACUGCGCUGCGAUUUGACGGAAGCUAGAGUUCAGGUUUGGUUCCAGAAUCGUAGAGCCAAAUGGCGUAAGCGUGAACGCUUUGCCCCAGUCCCCGUCCCAGUACGGUCACUCACCAUGGGACCCAUUUACGAUCGACAUCCUCAGGCCCCAGCUUGGUCUCGUCCAUCUAACAGCUGUAUGAACCCGACAGGGCAUGGGGCGGGUCCAAUGCCUCAUCACAUGUCUGUACCAAGUUAUGCGCCUGUUGUUCACGUGCAUCAUCCGUUACCACCAAACAGGCAUUCUCCGCGGUCGCCUUCACCGGAGUCUCCUCCCCACUGCGCUAAAGUGGGUGCCAUGACAACGUCAACUUCGGGAAUGAAAAGAUCCCCAAUUGCACAUCCCAACGUCACCAUUUCACAACACGGCCCUUCCAAGCAACUACCACCUUGCGCACAUGCUCCACAGCAACGCGCAAGUCACUCUCCUGGUGACGGUUGCCAUGGCUCGCCCGGCUCUAUGACGUCACAAUCUUAUUGCGAGGAACGCGAGCCCGCGUUACAGAGUCCUCAGCGUCACAGCUCGAGUAUUGCCGCUUUAAGGAUGAAAGCCAAAGAACAUGCUGUAGGAGUGGAUAUGGGAAGAACACUGAAUGGAAGAGCAGAAAACUCUCUCAUUCCCUAUGUCACUGCAUUGUCAUAGACACCGUUGUCAUAGAGACGUACCGUGAUGGCCACUUGUCCUGGUCGUCUGCCGCUGAUGAACGCUGGGUAUGAAGUUUGCUGAAAAGACACGGGAGUUUUAAAAAAUAUAUAAUUUUUUUAAUCUUAACCAUGUCCUUUCACUCUGACGGGAAUCAUUCACUGGAAAAAAUAUUUGUUAAAGAAGAGAAAAUAUUCUGUUGAAUUAGAAUUUGUUGGCAAAAGUGGGGAUAAAGAUAAGAAACAAGUAUCGACUGUGUGGAGCGAUGUCAGUGUCUUACUUACUGCGCCCCUAACUCUCUCUUAACUCAACAAAAAUCAACUGAAAGCAAGUUAGGGUUAAUGUUGUGUUAGGGGAGGGGAAGGUGCGAAGUUGUUCAGAUACUGAAAUUGAUUCAACUCUUUCAGGGCGUACAUUUUGGAAGUGUGUCAUUUCUUGGCUGCCGUUAUUGUUUUGACAAUCUCCAAGGGGUAUAUCCUUGGGGUAAAAGUGCCAUAACUGUUUGUUAAUGGUAGAAGCAAUCACACAACGUCGUGCGUUCCAAAUGUCGUUCAGCAGCAAAUUGGCUGGCUUGUUUCCAGUUUAACGUAGCGAAUCUCCUCUUAACAAAUCUAUUCAUUCCGCUGUUAACAAAAAGCUUGUUCCAUUAGUGGACGUUUCCUUUAAAAUAAUGGGCUUGUUGUUUUAGGUGUGGGUAGAGUAUUAGUUUAGAGAAAAAAAAGAGGGAACAAAGCUGUUUGAGUAAGAGGUGAGAGAAGGGGCGGGUAUUUGGUGAAUUGCUUUGAUAUGUUCUCAUAAAAAAGUCGAUUUCCUCGGUUUUCACGCUAUGAUACAAUUUAUAACUGUCCUUCCUUAUUGUCUAAGACUUGGCAUUUGCUUGUUCAAAGUAUGUUCUAAAUAAGCGAUAAAAUGGGUCAUGUAAUUUAGCUUAACUUGUUCAUGUCUCGCCUCUGCUCGUAGCAUUCUGAACGGAAUUAGAGAUUAUUAUUGUAUCAAUUGCUUUCUUGAUGUACAAAUUGUGGCUGAUAUUAGGUGGUAAAUUUAUGUUUUUAAGCCUAGAAGUAUAAAGAGACGACUUGUUUAAGAUAUGAUGAAGAUAGUAUAAAAUUUGCUUUUUUAAACGUGGGUAUAAUAUUCAUUGUUAGUUUGUGGCAAAGAAGACGCUCUUAAGUUUAAUAUAAUCAAAGAUUACGGUAACCAUUAAGGUGCCUCCACUUCCAUCAAAAUGAUUAGUAUGCUUCUCGUAAUCUGAUGCAACGCUCUACAUUUUGGCAACCUACAAUUUAGCGAAGUGGAAAUGGAAUGCGUCUCGUGUUUUGGAAAUUUCUUCAAUAUCAUUCAGUACUAUACUUUGAAUGGUAGUUUGUUUUGAUUAUGGCUGGUUUGGCGAUGCACCUUUUUUACGUUCACUGAUCGGAUUGUUUUUCUUGUAAUAGUCCUGUGAUAAAGUUGUUGUUUAUUAAGAUGUGCAAUAAGUAUUUUUAAGAACCCUUGCAUCAGUGUAUUAACCCUUUUACACCUUAGUAUCAGUAUUCAUAUUCUCCAUAGUCUCUCUAACAGUCAAAGAACCUUAGGUUGGCGAUCAUUUCUUGUAUUCUCUUGAUCUCAAUAAAUGAUUCGGCAGUAUUACUUUAAGGAGAAAUUAUAUGCCGAUCACUAUAGGUGUCAAGGGUUAAUCCAAUAGAAAUAUCUCUAUAUCUUUCGUUGGUUUUAAGUUUGACUGUUUGUUUUUACAGAAAAACAGGCAACUCUCUUCUUGACUGAAGUCUGCAAUGCGCAAUUCUCGUCUCGUUAGAGAAGAUAUUAGUUCUGCAUUUUAACAUCUCAUUCAGAAGCUACACCUUUGGCUUAAUUUCUUGGUAUAUCUGGAGAAACUCUAAAAAAAAUGUUGUUGCGUAAGGAUAAAAGGCAGAUCUUGUAAACUUGAUUGCAAAGAAGUCGUUUGUAAGAAAAUUUUAUGCUUUAACGCGAGUAACUUAAGCUUGGCAUUGUGAAUUAUAUUUCAAGUUAUGUUCAUGAAAUUGUAUACAUAAAGAAACGGGUUAUUUUUGAUAAUGUGUCCUGCUCAUAUUUCACA